UUCUCUCUUUCAACCCCAAACCCUAACGUUCUAAACAUUUUCAAAAAACGAAGCUCCUCUGAUUUGAAUAUUCUUACUUCUUCUGUUGCAUUAUCUACAGUGGGUUCUCCACAUCAACGGCGCUGAUCGAAGCACCAUUUUCAACAACCCAUAUAAGCCUCAGAUUCCGAGUUUUUGAUCGAUUUGUUCUGUUAUGGCGUCUCGGAACCAGAACAGACCUCCACGGAGUCCAUCUGUUAAAAAAGAGGGAGAUAUUCCGUUGGAUAAGAGAAGGAGAAUAGGAACCGGAAGAAUGGCGCCCACGAAUACUGGACGCACGCGACAGGCGUUUUCAGUGGUUAAUAAACAAGAUGUUUCAGCUGCAAGUGAUAUGGGCAGCACUGAGGGUUCAGAGAGCGGAAAUGUAGAGUUUACAAAAGAAGAAGCUGAAGCCCUGUUGAAUGAGAAGUCCAAAGCAAAAAAGUUUGAUCUUAAGGCCAAAAUGGAGCAAAUGACAGAGCACAACAAAAGGCUCAGGCUUUGUGUCAGAUGGUUUUUGAAAGUUGAUGAAAAUCAUGUCCUCGAGAAGGAAAAUAUUCGAAAAGAACUUGAAUCUGCGGAGAAAAAAUGCUCUGAUACUGAAAUGGAGAUGAAAAAUAGGGAGGCCGAGUUCAAUGCAACCAUUUUAGAGUUGAGGAAAGAAAAUGCCUCUCUACAGGAGAGAGUUGCAAAAGAAGAAUCUGAAAAGCUAGAUGCAAUUGAAAAUCAUAGAAGAGAAAAUGAAGCUAGGGUUGCUGUUGAAAAGUUGCAAGCUUCCCUCUCGGAGCAGCUUGAAAAAGCUCAGCAAGAUAUCGCAGCGGCCAACCAGAGGGCUUCCUCCCUUGAUGAUAUGUACAAGCGCUUGCAGGAGUACAACCAGAGUCUACAGCUUUACAAUGCUAAACUGCAAAAAGAUCUUGAAACGGCCAAUGAAUCACUCAAAAAAGUAGAAAAGGAGAAGUUGACCAUUGUGGAAAACCUAAGUGCUUUGAGGGGUCACUAUAAUUCAUUGCAAGAUCAACUGACUUUGUCCAGAACUUCUCAAGAUGAGGCUGUAAAUCAGAAAGAAUCAUUAAUUAAUGAAGUCAAAUGCCUUCGAGGAGAAUUACAACAAGUAAGAGAGGAUCGUGAUCGCCAGGUACUGCAGGUGCAGGCCUUAACUGCUGAAAUAGUGAAGUAUCAAGAAAGUACUGGAAAAUCUUUAACAGAGUUGGACUGCUUGACAACAAAGUCAAAAUCCCUAGAGGAGACAUGUUCUUCCCAGAGGGAACAGAUACGAAUUUUGGAGCUUCAGCUAUCUGCUGCGAAUGAAAAACUGAAGAGGGCUGAUAUGUCAGCUUCGGAAACACAAACACAAUUUGAAGAACAAAAGAGAACUGUACAUGAACUACAAGACCGGUUGGCAGAUGCUGAAUAUCAACUUAUUGAAGCAGAGAAAUUAAGAAAAAAAUUGCACAACACAAUUCUGGAACUUAAAGGGAAUAUUCGGGUGUUCUGUCGAGUUCGUCCUUUGCUGCCUGAAGAUGGUGUUGGAACAGAUGCCUCAGUCAUUUCUUAUCCUACAUCAGUGGAAGGUCUUGGUCGGGGCAUUGACAUGAUACAAAAUGGGCAGAAGAUUCCUUUCACAUUUGACAAAGUAUUUAGUCAUGAUGCUUCUCAGCAAGAUGUUUUUGUUGAAAUAUCACAGUUGGUACAGAGUGCCCUCGACGGUUAUAAGGUCUGCAUAUUUGCUUAUGGUCAGACAGGUUCAGGUAAAACAUAUACCAUGAUGGGUAGGCCGGAAGCUUCUGAACAAAAAGGAUUGAUACCGCGUUCAUUGGAACAGAUAUUCCAGACCAGUCAGGCACUUUCAGCGCAAGGUUGGAAAUAUAAAAUGCAGGCCUCAAUGUUGGAAAUCUACAAUGAGACUAUCCGAGAUCUAUUGGCAGUGAACAAAACUAAUGGUUUAGAUUUGGCACGUGUUGACAAUGGUGUUCCUGGAAAGCAAUACACAAUUAAACAUGAUGCGAACGGAAACACACAUGUCAGUGACCUUACCAUUGUUGAUGUUGGCAGUAUUUCAGAGAUUUCCUCGCUUUUACGGCAGGCUGCACAGAGCAGGUCUGUGGGCAAGACACAAAUGAAUGAGUACUCAUCCAGAAGUCAUUUUGUAUUUACAUUAAGGAUAUUUGGGAUAAAUGAGACAACUGAACAACAGGUUCAGGGUGUCUUAAACCUCAUUGAUCUUGCUGGAAGUGAGCGACUAUCAAGAAGUGGAGCUACUGGAGACCGGUUAAAGGAGACUCAGGCUAUAAAUAAAAGUUUAUCGUCUUUGAGCGAUGUUAUAUUUGCAUUGGCGAGGAAGGAGGAUCAUGUUCCAUUUAGGAACUCCAAGUUGACAUACCUUCUUCAGCCUUGUCUAGGUGGGGACUCAAAAACCUUAAUGUUUGUUAAUAUUUCACCCGAUCCCUCGUCAAUGGGUGAAUCGCUUUGUUCUCUGCGGUUUGCUGCUAGAGUGAAUGCAUGUGAAAUUGGGGUUCCUCGGCGCCAAACAGCUUUGCGACCGGCUACUGAUUCUCGGUUGAGUUGCAGUUGAAUGUAACGUAUUUGUGUUUGCUACAUUUGUAGUUUAUUAACUGUUAUUUACAAGGGAGGUUGACGGUUGUGAUGAGUGUAUGUUAGGCAUUGGGUUGAUGUCAUUAAUUUGAACCAAUGUGAUCUGGUUUGAGUUACUUAGUAAAUUUGGUAGCAGUUAUUAACAUGUACAAUUGAAUGUUGUAUGAUAAAGUUCAUCUGGUGAUGAACCCAAUUUGAAAGUAGAAAUGUUGGAGACAUUAUUGAAUUGAUAUAGAUAACAGCCAAU